UAAAUUUUUAGCAAGAAAGAUAUGGAUAGUGAUGAUAUGGACGUGGCUGGUUCUGGUGGAGCUCCAGGGAAUUCAAGAUGGAACCCAACAAAGGAGCAGAUUAGCAUGCUUGAGAGCUUCUACAGCCAAGGUAUACGGACCCCAAGUACUGAAAUGAUAGAGCAAAUAACGAGCAGGCUUAAAGCUUAUGGUCACAUAGAAGGAAAGAAUGUAUUUUACUGGUUUCAAAAUCACAAGGCAAGACAAAGACAGAAGCAGAAACAAGAGAGCAUGGCUUAUAUCAAUAACUAUCUUCACAAGGUUCAUCAACCUGUGUUUGCACCUCCUUGCGCAAAUGUUGUCUGCAGCCCAUACUUCCCACAACAGAGCGAAGUAAUGGGGUUUUGUCAACAACAUCCGAAAAUGCUACUCCCUAGUAAUUUCAAGAUGAGGCCAAGGUCUGAAGCAAGAACCUAUGCUUUUAAUGGAUAUGAACCAGCGGCGCCGUAUGGGUACCACAAUCGUAUCACGAUGAACAAGGGUGAGAGGACCCUGGUAACCAAUAUCAACCACAAGAGCAGCAGUGAUCAAGCAACGUUGCCUCUCUUUCCUUUGCACCCAACAGGAACUUUAGAAGGAGCAACGACUAUCUGUUCUGUCGGUUCAACUCCUGCUGAGAGUUCCACCAACACUCCUUGCUCCUCUGAGAUUACUACUGGCAUUGAAGAACAUUCUGGUGAUUGCAAACCUUUCUUUGAUUUCUUCUACGGAAAAGAUUCUCAAGUUUGA